AUCACAAAGUUCCCAUCAUGCCAUAAAUUGAUACAACUAUACACAUGGUUCUCUUGUCGUGCCCCAUUCCCAGACAGAGAACGUUAGCCAAAACCAUGGCCUGCUCAGAACUGGCACUGUUGAGUGUGUCCGACAAGUCUGGACUUCUGGACUUUGCCAAAAGGCUGGUGAACGUGGGACUGUCACUCGUCGCAUCWGGUGGCACAGCCAAAACCCUGCGRGAUGCAGGACUGGCUGUUCGGGAUGUGUCUGAGCUGACUGGCCAUCCAGAGAUGCUUGGUGGGAGGGUGAAGACCCUGCACCCUGCUGUACACGGGGAUCUGGCCCGGCACACUCCUUCGGACAAGGCUGACAUGGAGAAACUGGGCUACAGUCUGGUCAGGGUGGUGGUGUGUAACCUUUACCCGUUUGUGAGACUAUCUCCAACACUAAUGGAUGUGGAAGAUGCAGUGGAACAGAUUGAUAUUGGUGGGGUAACCCUGCUCCGAGCAGCGGCCAAGAACCGCCGCGUAACCAUUGUGUGCGACCGCGACUACCAGCUGGUCGCUGUGGAGAUGGAGGGUUCCGAGGGCAAAGACACAACCCUGGACACCCGCAAGACUCUGGCCCUGAAGGCCUUUACUCACACAGUCAGUCAUGAUGAGGCCAUCGCGGACUACUUCCGGGGCCAGCACAGCCGUGGGGUAUCCCAGUUGCCCCUGCGCUACGGCAUGAACCCCACCAAGCCCCGCCAGCUCUACACCCUGCGCCCACCUCCCCUCACAGUGGUAAAUGGUUCUCCUGGGUUCAUUAACCUUUGUGGCCUGAACGCCUGGCAGCUGGUCCGAGAGCUGAAGAGUGCCCUGGGCAUGCCUGCCACCUCCUUCAAACACGUCAGCCCUCUAGGGGCUGCGGUGGGUGUUCCUCUGAGUGAUGAGGGCAAGGUGUGUAUGGUGAAUGACAUGCUGAAGGACCUGACCCCUGGCACAGCCUACGCCCGGGCUAGAGGGUCAGACAGGAUGUCCUCCUUCGGCGACUUCCAUCGCUCUGUCCUGACGUGUGUGACGUCCCACUCGCAGAUCAUAUCCAGAGAGGUAUGGGUCCCCAGGUGUGUCGUGUCUGUCCUGUGUGUUUCCUGCAUUUCCAACCUGUCUAUCAUUCUCAGGUCUCUGAUGGCAUCAUCGCCCUGGUUACAAGAGGGGCCCUCAGGAAUUCUGUCCAAGAGAAGAAUGGAAACUACUGUGUUCUCUCAGGUAUGGUUGGACAUGGAAAAGCAGUUAGUAGAUCAUCGCUAUGUUGCAGCUGUUCCUAGAAACACGUUUGAAGUUCAUUUGCAUGCUUCCGGGGGUGGGAAUGCUAAUCUGUUCAGAUGGACCCAGCCUAUGAAGCCAGACGAGCAGGGUCAGAGUUCUCUUGCCUCCACUCAAACAGAAGCGGACAUGGAGCUGUCAUUGACAAGGAAGCUUUCAGCCAACCGAUCGUCUCCAAGGGCGGACUCUGUCGGUGGAGGCGACUGCGUGCUCAUCGUGCCAGCAUCGCAAGUGGAAGUACCACCCAGUCCAACUCUGCUCUGCUACGCCAAGGCAUGUAUUGGGAUCGGUGCGGGUUCAGCAGUCUCCGUAUCCAUGCUCGCGCUGGCAGGGGACAAGGCUGACUGGUGGCUGAGGCACUACCCGCGGGUGUUGGGCAUGAGGUUCAGGAGUGGAGUGAAGCGGGCGGAGAUGGCCAUUGCCAGAUCGAUCAGUACGUCAAGCGGACACGUUCCUACUCGCAUGUAUGAGGAAGGUCCCAGCCCUCUGGAUGAGACUGACAAGAAGAACUGGCUGAGCUCUCUGCAGGCUGUGGCGCUCAGUCUCUGACGCUCUUCUCCCUUCAGAGACAACGUGGGUGACCGUGCCAAACGGGUAAACACACACCCACACACUGCUUGAAUUAUUACUUUUCUACUAGUCUAAGAUGGCCGACUUUCUGCUUUUG